GGCCACAAAAUGUGGGAGUGAAGAGAUUCAAUUUCGGACACUUCCAAAAAUAUAAACCAAGUGAGGAUUUUUUAUAGAUAAUAAAUCAUAUCAGAGGGACCCACAGAAGCAUGUGAAGAACAACCAUGAAUACUCUAAUAAGAACACUGGAGGUCAAGAAAUCAAAUCACUCAGAUUGGUAUUCAAGGCUUCAGACUAAUGUCCUGUUUUUGCAGAGAGGAGGGAAAGCAUGGAGGAUCAGCCAUUUACAUCAAAGAUUCUAUAGUAUGUAGAGAAUACAAAAAUACAAAUAAGCUAUCCAUACUUGGAGAAUUUGAAUGUUGUGCUGUUGAGUGUUCUCUGAAAAAGAUUAACAUUAUUGUCCUAUGCAUCUAUCGACCACCGGGCGGUUCAAUUGAGGUAUUUUUUAACCAGCUAGAGAAUAUUCUUUCCAACCAGAUAAACCUUGAAAGUACUAUUUUUAUAACAGGGGAUUUCAACAUUGAAAUGCUGGACGAAAAUAGAAAUAAGCUCAGACUGGCUACAAUGCUCAAUUUCUACUCCAUCAGAACAACUGUUGUUAACUACACCAGAGUAACUGAGCAAACUAAAAGCUGCUUAGAUAACAUAUGUACAAACCUACAUAAUGGACACACAUCGGUAAUUCUUGCAUCACAUGUAUCUGAUCACUUUGGGCAGAAAUUUGUGUUCAAUAUAGACAAAAAUGAUGAAAGGAAAUUUGUUCGCAAAAGAUUUCUCUUCGAUGAAGCAAAUAGAAUUAACUUUGUAGACCAACUGAAACAACAAACAUGGGAGGACAUACUUGUAAUCGAUAGGAAGGAUGUGAAUGAGCAGUGGAAGACUUUUAUCAAUGUCUAUUUGAACAUAUUCAACCAAAGCUUUCCACUUACCAGAAUUCAUUCCAAUAACAACAAGAAAUACAAGAAGAGUGAACGUGCUGAGGAAAUCAAACAUCAAUUAGAUAUUUUACUAGUACUUUUGACUGAUAACCCAUCUCUCAAGGAGCAAUACAAAAACAUGAAAAAGUAUUAUGACAGCAUAUUGAAAGAGGACAAAAAGAAAUAUCUUCAGGAUAGAAUAAUGAAAUCAGAUUGCAAAAUGAGAUCCAUGUGGACCAUAUGUGGAGAGUUAACAGGGAAAAAUAAACACAGAGAAAAUAACAUCGAUGAAAAUCCAAAAUCAUUGCCAGACAAAUUUAACAUACACUUGAUUGAAGCAGUCCAAAAACUAGUAGAUGAAGUGCAUCAUCAGAAUUUCUUCUGUGAUAUAGAAGAGAAUGAUCAGUCGCUGUUCUUGAGACCUGUAAAUACUGGGGAACUAGUUAACCUGUGUUCCAGACUGAAGAACAAACAUUCCAGCGGAUAUGAUGACAUUCCAACCAGUAUUGUCAAACUUUCACUUGUACAGAUAGCAUCAGUAUUGUGUUACAUCAUCAACAACUCCAUGAAAUUUGGGAAAUUCCCUGAUCAGUUGAAAUUUGCCCUCAUAAAACCCAUAUAUAAGAAGGGAGACCGUAAUAGUCUUGAUAGUUAUAGGCCAAUCAGCUUGCUGCCCUCAUUCUCCAAAAUUUUCGAACUGGUAAUGUGCACAAGAUUGUUGGAUUUCUUCAAAAAAUGUAAUCUGUUUUUGGACUCGCAACAUGGUUUCCUGAAAGGUAAAUCUACAAAUACUGCCAUCUAUCAUUUUGUAAAUAUGAUACUCCAGGAAUUUGAGAAGAAGAAUUUAGCAAUUGGUGUGUUUUUAGAUCUUAGCAAGGCCUAUGAUUGUGUGAACCUCGAAUAUUUACUAAUAAAACUUGAAAAAUAUGGCAUAAGAGGAAAAGCAUAUAAGUGGAUUGAAUCUUAUCUUCUAGACAGAAAACAGCAAGUCAUCAUUAAUGAAAACAAAUCCAAUAUUGCAAUUAAAGAAAGAGGUCUAGCGCAGGGCAGUAACGCAGGUCCUAUUUUUUUCAUCAUCUAUAUUAAUGACCUUAUUAUGGAUGGACUGGUGAACUAUGUGGAUGACACCAACAUAUUGGUAUCUGGAAGGACCCUCCCGGAGGCAGUUGAUAAGGCGUAUGACAGUUCAUCUAGAAUCUGUGAUUGGUUCAACAGGAAUGAGUUGGCACUGAAUUCGUCGAAGACAAACAUUAUGGUAUUCAGAACAAAGAACUCCCGAGUUACUCCAACUGGCACCAUAAACCUGAAUGGCAAUGAAGUGAAACCUGUUCAUGAUAUGAGAUUUCUUGGAAUACAUAUUGAUGAAUUUUUAGAUUGGAACAGUCAUGUGGAAAAAACUGGGCUGAGAUUGAGUAGCAUUGGAUAUGGAAUCAGAGUGGUAUCCAGACAUAUGGAUGAGAGGACAUUGAAAAUACUGUACCACGCCAACUUUGAAUCGGUACUGAGAUAUGGGAUUGUGUUUUGGGGAUGCAGCUCCAGCAUUCAACUCCUUUUCAUUAUACAAAAAAGAACCAUAAGAUCAAUCAGGCAUAUGAAAUUUGGAGCCACCUGCAGGGGUGUUUUCAGGGAUAUGCAGAUUAUGACUAUAUAUGGGUUGUAUAUAUUUGAGUGUCUGAUGUUCUUUUUCAGGCACCAAGUUGAAUUCAGCUCUAACUUUGGUCAUGGCUAUAAUACAAGGACGACGAAUUUCAUUUACCCUUCUCAUAGGCUUACAAGUACAGAAAAAGGAACCUACUAUAUGUGCAUAAAACUAUAUAAUAAAUUACCAUCUACAUGCAGAUUAUCUAGCUUAAUAAAAUUCAAGAAUGCCAUAAAGAAACUGCUAAUUAAACUGGAACCAUAUUCACUUAGAGAUUUUCUAGAUUGUAACAACUUGUCAGAGUUUGUAUAGAUUGUAUAUAUUGUUGUUGACAUCAUUUCGCUUCUCUCUCUGUAAUUUACUGUGGGGAUGAUUUGAAAUAAAGGAAUUUAUUAUUAUUAUUAUUA